UCAGGAAGAAAUGAAGAGACAAAAUCCAGAGCUGGGAAAACCAAAAUCUUACACUCUGGGACCAAAAUCAAAUGAAGCAUUUGAGACGUUUUACAAGGGCAUUGGAAUUGUUCCAGAGGAUGAAUGGGAGAUAUUUUUAGAAACAAUGAGACAUCAGCUGCCUACAACAUUUAGAAUCACUGGAUCUAGAGAUCAAGCUGAGGAAUUGCUAAAGAUAAUCAAGGGACAGUAUUUCAGCAAGUUUAUUAGUAGAGAUGAUGGAACUCCAAAACUGGAGCCCAAAUCGUUGCCAUGGUAUCCAAGUGAACUUGCCUGGCAACUGGAUUUCACCAAGAAGCAAAUAAAGAAUGACAACACUUUGAAGAGUUUACAUGGAUUUCUCAUCUCAGAAACAGAGAGUGGAAACAUAAGCAGACAGGAAGCUGUGAGUAUGUUGCCACCAUUACUAAUGGAUGUUCAGCCACAUCAUAAGGUACUAGACAUGUGUGCAGCUCCAGGUUCUAAGACAGCUCAGCUGAUAGAGAUGUUACACAGUGAUGAUAAUGUCCCUGUUCCAAGUGGUUAUGUUGUCGCAAACGAUAUGGAUAAUAAACGCUGUUAUUUGAUGACUCAUCAAGUGAAGAGGAUACAGAGUCCAAACUGUAUGAUUAUCAACCAUGAUGCUAGAAUACUUCCAAAUAUGUUCACAUCCAAUGACGAGGAUGCAGAGGUUAUUAAGUAUGACAGAAUAUUAUGUGAUGUACCUUGCAGUGGUGAUGGAACAAUGCGAAAGAAUCCAGAUAUCUGGACGAAAUGGCAUGUUAAUGGUGGCUACAACCUUCACAGGAUUCAGAAGAAAGUGUUACAGCGAGGAUUAGAGUUAUUGGCAGUGGGAGGUCGUCUAGUAUAUUCAACAUGUUCUCUCAACCCAGUAGAAGAUGAAGCUGUCAUUUUAGCCCUUAUAAAACAGUGCAAGGGAGCUAUAGAGCUAGUAGAUGUCAGUGAUAAAUUGCCGGGACUUAAUUACAGCAAGGGAACAUACUCCUGGAAGGUUAUGACAAAGAAAGGAGAGUGGUAUGAGACUGAAGAACAAGCUCCGGAACAUUUCAAGUCCCUGUGGGACAGUACGAUCUAUCCACCAAUCAUAACAGAGGCACAGGACGCCAAAUUAGAGAGAUGUAUAAGAGUGUUACCACAUCAACAGAAUACUGGAGCUUUCUUUAUAGCUGUGAUACAUAAAACACAAGAAUUACCAUGGUCAUCUGGUAGAGUCAACAGGCGUGUUGACCCAAUUAUCAAUCCAAAAGUUAGGCUUGAUGAGGCUGAGAAGAAAAUCAAAGGGUCGGAACACUUCACGUUUGGUGUGCGGAACCAUGGUGGACUUUACACAUAUGCCAGAUGUAACUUGUGUAAUGCAAAACUACAGGGCAGGAAUGACUAUAACAGCCAUUUAGCGGGCAGGAAACACAAGAAGGAGGUUGAGGAUAGAAAAUUAUUAGAAGAGAAAGAAAGCUUAACACAAAAAUCUGAUGAGGUUAAAACAGAGAACUCUGACACUGCACCUGUUGCCAUGGAAACACAGAAUACUGACACCAUAAAAACUGAAGACACUGUUGAUAAACAGAAUGAAAAUGAUAACUCUGAUAGGACAGAGAAUGUAGAUAAAGUUAAAGAUAAUAGUGAGAAGAGUGAUAGUAAUGUAAAUACUGACAAUAAAAAUGAAGUUUUGAAAAGUGAGGACCCGCAGAAAAGUGGGGAUAAUGAAACUGGGGCAGCAGGACAGACAGCUGAUGAUAAGCCGCCACCAGCUAAGAAAAUGAGGAUGGAGAGCAAAGAAGAGGAGAUAAAAGUGGUCAUGUUCGGACAUAAAGAAGACCCGUUCCUGUUCUGCUCCAAAAAUGAUCCUAUAUGGCCCAGUAUACAGCAAUUUUAUGAAAUAUCAGAAGAUUUAGGUAUAGAACAGAUCAUGUAUAGGAAUAUGAAGCGUAUUCUGUAUUACGUCUCUAAACCCAUACGUAACCUAGUCAUCUGUAAUAGUGAACGUGUCAAGUUCAUCAAUCUAGGUGUGAAAUGUUUUAGUAAUGCACCAUCACCUCUUGUACCAGACUGUGAUUUCAGACUUUCUCAAGAUGGAUUGUUAGCGAUUCAUCAACACAUAAGAGGUAGACGUGUAUCACUGACCAAACAAGAUAUCAUUACAAUUCUUAGUCAGGAAAACCCGUUCAUCUGUAAAUUGUCACCUUCAGCACAGGAGAGUGUAUAUGCUAUGGACCCUGGCAGCACUCUUUUUCACUUUAAACCUAGCGAAAGUGAUCCAGAGCCGAAUGUUGAGAUUAUUUUCUGUGGUUGGCGAGGAAAGACGUCGGUGAGGUCAUUUGUCGGGAAGGAUGAGAGGUCACAUUACCUACGACUGUGUGGGGUGGAGUUAACAGAUAUACAGGCUCAAGUCCAGGAAAUGAAAUUAUCAAGAGACUCUAAUACAUCUUCGGUAGCUGGUACAGAAACACCUGUUGGAGUGCCGUCUGGUGAUGAAGCUGAAGUAGAGCAAUGGAAUAAAGAGACUGAGGAAUCUCGAGGGGCCGAGGCCGAUGAAAUAGAGGAGGGAAAUGGUAGCGAAUCUUUGAAUGGAGAGUCAAAUGAUGCUGGAAAUGAGGGGAAAUUGGAAAGCGAGGGACAAGCAAAUGUUGAUGAGACUAAGUAGCUGACAAAUUUAAUAGAGAUAACUUCACCAGUCUGUUGAAAAUGAAAUUUUAGCUGGGGAAAAUUGAAGAGUAUAGAGGGAUGUUGAUAUAGUGAUUUGUUGAGGAGUUUACACCGUGUUCAGAUUAAUUAUACUUCCAAUUUGAGAUUCUGAUGUAAAACUUGAGUCUUUAUCAAUUGACAAACAUGUCAAUAAAUUAUUGCAAUGGACCUGUCCUGAAUUGAGUUAUGAAACUGUUCAUUUGUUAUUAUUUCAGGAUUAAAAUAUGGAAGCAAUAUUAGAAGCCUAAAAUGAAGUUGUCAACAAUAAAGGUCAGGUCCACAGUCUUUGUCUACCUAAAUACUGCUGGCAUAUUCAAGUUCUUAUCACAAGUCAUUGACAUCAGGAAUUUUUUAAACUAAAAAGAUUCAGCAAAAUAAGGAAUGACUUUUAUUCUUACCUUUGUAUAUAUGAACCGCGUCACGACAAA